ACUGCCUUAUCGAUGUCAAGACUCGAACUUUACGCGCAUUUUUUUGACAUUCCUUUAUGAAUGGAAUUCUUCCUAUAAGAAAGAACCAACAACAUUUUUAACCUAUGAAAGUUUGCAUUUUACUUGUCUAAUUAAAUUAAUUUUUAGCACUCAUUACUUUUUUGUAAAUAAUUAAAAAUAUUUUUAAAUUGAAAAAUAAAUUAAAGCAUUUAAUUACUAGCUUAAGAAGAAAAUACAUGGUGCCAACACAAAAGUAUAAGUAAAAGAAACUCAAGUUGAGAUUUACCUUCCUUAAGGUAUUUGCGUCUUUAAUCAUAUUUUAUACGUGAAAAAAAAACAAAGAAAUAAUAUUGGAACUGAAGCAAAAUAAGCGGCAAUAAAAACAACUGAUACAAAACCAAUACCAAUAUGGCAAAUGUUAUGAACAGCAACGACAAUAAUGGAAGCGGUGGUUUAGUAGGUGUCAAUGUCACUGGUAACCUUCGCAAUAAUGCCUGCAAUUACAUACAACCAAGCACACAAAAUAGUGCAGCAUCACAAUAUAUGAACUAUGAUCACAUUAUUGAUAUGAUACGAGGAUUAAAUUUGCAGGAUGAUGGGAUUGCCAUGAACCAUAAAAUAAAAUCCAUUGAAACAGAUUUCUGUAAUAUUGUGCACGAUGAGGAGCAGUUAUGUGAAUCAAUGGAAUAUAUCAAUGAUAAAGCGUUAGCAGAUGGUGAAACAGCACUUAAAUUUGCGUUAUUAUUUUCGUCGCGGAACUUUGAUGCAUUAGCGAUGAAGGAAACUAAAGUUCGCAGUGCCAUGCUUAAAAUAUUAGAAGCAAACUACAUAAAUGCCGACACAUAUCGCAUACAAGAUAGGAAUCGUCUUUAUAAUUCUAUAACAUUAUUAGGAGAGUACUAUCAUCGUGUGCGUUUAGCGGAUAACACACCAAUAUCAAUAUUGGGAGAAUCACUGCUAGGACUUAUGAUACGAGAAAUUAGUGGGCUUGAUAAUAUAAGUGUUAAACUAGCGAAAGUUAUUCUAUCGCAAAUUACACUAAAUGGAGAUAUAAUGCGAAUAAGACAUAAGCCAGAGCUAACACAACUACUCUACCACAUAAGAAGAAAUGUUAUUGAACAGCAAUCAUUAAAAUCGGCUGUAAAGGCUUUAUUACUUAUGACUUUAGAUUUGUAUUAUAGCAAUUUUACCAAUUUGGGUGCCCAAUUAGAAGAAUUAUAUACAAAAUUCUUAGUUACGGAACAUGAUGAUGAAGAUAAUAAUAAUUUUAAUGCACUGUCACAACAACAUCAAUCCUAUGAUCCUAACGUACAACAAUCACAAAAUAUGCUUCCAGCUGAACAACAUAUACAAAAUAAUGUAUACAGCAAUGGUGAUGAUGAAGCUCUAGUUAACGAUUCUUAUGAAAAUGAACCGUCCACAAAAAAAUGGAGUGAACAAGUUUGUGAGGAUUCGUUGUGGGAAGUUGAAAGUAACAAAUGUAGUAAUCCUCAAAACAGAAGCGGAGGAGCAGAUGAGUUAGCAGUAGAUUCAUUACAACAAAAUGAAUUAAAUGUUAGUGGGAAUUCAAAUGAUAAUGAGCGUAGUAUAAGUCAAAGUUCUAAACGUUCAUUUAAAACUGGAACACGUCCUCGUCCACUACAUAAUACCGAACAUAGUGUAAUGGAUAAAAAUGUUGAGUCUCACCAGCAUAAAGAAUCUUCUGGUGGGGAAGAACGUGAUCAAUCGAAACCUCUUCCACGUUGGCGCACUCCUAGAUUUAAUAGAGAUAACACUGAACAACAAAAUGGCUAUCACCGACAUCAACAACGCAGAUUAAGUGGCAGUUUCGAUGAUGAUCAUAACAGUGUACGUAGCGAUGGUGGCAACAUACGUCUUUAUAGCGUUAACGAUCGUUUGAAGCAUUCACAAGAGAAAUUUGAGCGUCGGAUUGGAAAUCAACACAACUCAAUUGCGAACUCAAAUUGGGACCGGCAAUCGCAGUAUGAUGAUCGUAGCGAACGUUCUUACAUGAGUAAUUAUGAACGUGGCAACAAUAAUAAUAGGCGCGGUGGUCGCAAUUAUGGAAACCGUCAGACUUAUGAUAAACCGCCACGUUUUCUUAAACACCAACAAAAAGAACAAUACAACAAUUACAAUAAAGAUGAUAAGAUUCUUAGCGAAUCGUGGCGUCGUUCAGAUAUGUAUCAUAACAAUCCUCAUCAUGACAAUAAUUAUGAAUCAAAUAGUCGUAGUUCAUCACGUGCUCGCACUCUUCCACGUCCAGCAAAAACAAAUAUGGAUGACACAAAUAAUAGCUAUAGACGCAGUAUUAGCCCAACACAAAAUCAGUACCGUCGCGGACGUAAUACGCGAAAUCGUCACAACAGCAAUCAACGUUACAGUAGUCAAAGUAGUUUGGUAAGUGAUGCAUCGAGCACUCUGGAACGCCAUUAUAGGGAUCGUCACAAUCAACAACACAAACAGUAUGCGCAAAAUGAAGACUGGAAUGAUAAAGAUAACAGCAAUUGGGAUACAAAGGAGAAUAAUAGCGAAGAAUUGGUACGUAAUGCCAGACAAACAACAGAUUAUAUGAAAUAUUUGUCAUCAAAGAAAUGAGAUUUAUCUCAAAAGCACAAGGACGUAAGUAAAAUGAAAGUAAAGAAAAUAAAACGAAUCAAGAAAAAUAAAGCUAAGAAAAAAAUAUUAAAGAUAAUAGAAAAAAAAGCAUAACUUGGGUUAAUAUUAAAAAAUAAAAAACAGCAAAUACUAAUAUAUGCU